UAGUCACAUGACUUUCUCAAUACGUUUUCGGGAGGGGAAGAGCGGUAAUGAGUGCACUGAUCCAGGAUCAGUUGGCGACUCUCAAACAGUUCAGAUAUGAAAAUGAGGAGUGACGGGCGGCAGCUAGGAGACGCUUAUUACCUCGGUAGCUGGGCUCAAAUACUCAUAGUUACUGCAUUACCAGGGAUACCAGCAGUACAGCGAGCAGCACCCCAUCCCCGAGCUCAGGCCGGCCGGCCUCCUGGGUCUACGGUACUGUGAGCGUCGCUGAGGAGCCAUGGUGGAUGUGAGCAAGUGGCCUCUCUUCAUGUUGCUGGGCUCUCAGGAAGUGGCCUCCGUCCGACAGGCCUGCGUCUUUGGUUCCUCUGCCAACGAGGCCAUCUACGUCACCCACAGCAAUGAGGUUUACGUAUUUGGGCUGAAUUGCAGUAAUUGCCUGGGAACAGGAGACAGCCAGAGUACCAUCGUUCCCAGAAAAGUGGCAUGUCUCACUGGGAAGAAGGUAGCAAGUUUCAGCUAUGGCAGUGGUCCACAUGUCCUGCUGGCCACUGAAGAGGGUGAGCUGUUUGCCUGGGGACACAAUGGCUACAGUCAGCUUGGCAACGGUACAGCAAAUCAGGCAGUGUCUCCUGUCCUUGUUUCUGCCAACCUUUUGACCAAGAAAGUCACAGAUGUGGCCUGUGGUUCCCAUCACUCCAUGGCCCGGACCAGUGAGGGGGAGGUGUUUGCCUGGGGCUACAACAACUGUGGCCAAGUGGGCUCUGGGACCUCCACCAAUCAACCCACCCCCCGCCGGGUUUCCAACUGUCUACAGAACAAGACGGUGGUGGGGAUAGCCUGUGGCCAGACCUCAUCCAUGGCUGUAGUGGACAACGGGGAGGUGUAUGCUUGGGGCUAUAAUGGAAAUGGCCAACUGGGUCUUGGAACUAAUGUAAACCAGUUGACUCCGUGUCGCCUGACAGCCCUUCAGGGCCUCUGUGUGCUACAGAUCGCCUGUGGCUACGCUCACACGCUUGCUCUAACAGAUGAAGGCUUGCUGUAUGCCUGGGGGGCUAACACUUACGGCCAGCUCGGCACGGGCACCAAGAGCAACCAGCUGAGCCCUGUGCAGAUCAUGGCUAAGAAGGAGAGGAUAGUGGAGAUCGCAGCUUGUCACUCUACCCACACGUCAUCUGCCAAGACCCAGAGCGGCCAGGUGUACAUGUGGGGACAGUGUCGGGGCCAGUCCGUCCUGCUGCCCCACCUGACGCACUUCAGCUGCACAGAUGAUGUAUUUGCCUGCUUUGCUACACCGUCUGUCAUGUGGCGCCUGCUAACCAUGGAGAAUGAUGACUUUUUGACUGUUGCUGAGUCCUUGAAGAAAGAGUUUGACAGUCCAGAGACCUCAGAUCUUAAAUUUGUUGUGAAUGGGAAGUACAUCUAUGUCCAUAAAGCUGUGCUGAAGAUCAGGUGUGAACAUUUCCGGUCUAUGUUUCAAUCCCAUUGGAAUGAGGACAUGAAGGAAGUGAUUGAAAUAGACCAGUUCUCCUAUCCUGUGUACCAUUCCUUCCUUGAGUUCUUGUAUACUGACAAUGUAACACUACCCCCUGAAGAUGCUAUUGGCCUGUUGGACUUGGCCACCUCCUACUGUGAGAACCGACUGAAACGCCUCUGUCAGCACAUCAUCAAGAGGGGUAUCACAGUGGAGAAUGCCUUGAGCUUGCUUUCUGCAGCCGUCAAAUACGAUGCCCAGGAUCUGGAGGAGUUCUGCUUCAAGUUCUGUGUGAAUCAUCUAACAGAGGUCACGCAGACAGCAGCCUUUUGGCAGAUGGAUGGCAACAUGCUCAAAGAGUUCAUCUCCAAGGCUAGUCGAUGUGGUGCAUUCAAGAACUGAGCCAGGAGAUCUUAUGGAGCUGGUACUGAUGCACCCACAGUGGCUGGAGAUGUUGUAAGCAGGUAACAAGGAGCUUCAUCCUGCACCUGCAUGAGGGUGGGCAUCACCAUCAGAGUUUCUGAAACCUGGAACUGCUGUGUGAAACGUCACACUUGCGCUGCAAUCUUCACUGCCCUAUGUAGAAGUAAAAUUUUUUGAAUGCAAAAAAAUUGUUACAAGACUCUCAACAUUAGGUGAAUAUAUGUUUAUAUAUAUUCCUGUUAAUCUUGUUUUCACUAUAGAAUUGACAUAUGACUAAAUACAUUAUGCAAAACAAAUGAAAAAACUAGUUCUUUUAAACAGUGUCUUUGAACUGAAUCCUUGGAAAGCCCUGGCUGAUCAUUUACGAUCAUAAUUUGAUGUUUAAAUUACUGUAAGUUUGAAUGGGGGAGGAAAAACACAAUCCAGAAGUUCCGCACAUUUUUCACCCAAAUGUGUGUGGGGUUUUUUUUU